AUGACAACUAAUUGCCCUAACUGUUUGAAAGAGUUUCAGAGCGCUUGGGCUGUUUCACGACACCUGAGCCAGCCCCUUACAUCCUGUCUACGAUGGGUUGAUCAGCUUGAGGAUGCAGCGCAAAUCUUGCAAGACUCACAGUUCGCGGACCAGCACGCAACUCUCGGCCCAUCUGAGUCGUCAUCCAACCCUCGUCAUUCCAGAACACCAAGCCCUUUUCAAGUUCAAGUUGAUAGUGAGGAAAUGGUGCAUGUUCAGGAUUUGAAUGACUCGGGCUAUUUCUACGGUGACGAGGGAGGCGUGGUGGGCUUGGAGAGUGACCUGCCAGGGUCGGUUGAAGAGCCUUUGGGCAGCCAAGCUUCGGAGAAGCCUUACGUCGAGCGCUUCAGGAACGCUGCGAAAGUGUAUCGGCGCGGCCAGACCUUUUGGGACAGGUUUAAUAUGGAUCCCUAUUCAGCAUAUCGCAAGGACAACCUUUACUAUCCAUUCGCGUCCCGUCAGGACUGGGAGCUCGGCAGCUUUCUCCUGUGCUCGUCAUUAAGUAUGGCCGCCAUAGAUGAGUUCCUGGAGCUCGACAUUAGUACGGCUUGA